AUGGAAGAAAGAUUGAUUUACCAGAAUCGAAAAGUUAUACACCAACACUUGCUCUUCCAAAUAGAUCACAACAGAAAAGAACUCAUCGCCGAAAAAAAUACUUGCAAGGGAAAGUUGGCGUCAGAGCCAGAUUCCCCUGCACUCUGUACCAAAUCCGAUGAUGAAUCAAUAUCAAUGAGCAGUUGUUCACAGUUCUGUGAGGAGACACCAAUCCUCACCUAUGACACUGGGACACAGUAUGAUAUCAGUGAUAUCUUAGACUCCACACAUCAUUCAGUCGUACAAAAUGAACAUGAUCACAGUUUCCCAUUACAGUGUUCAGAAAUUGCAUCUUUGGAGUUGCAUUGUGCUAGUUUAGCAGAACAGUUGGAAAAACAAACAGCGGAUUUUUAUAGUAUGAAAGUGAAAAUAUCUGAGCUUUUGGAAGAAGUGGGAAACUAUCGAAAAAAAAAUUUCACUUGAACGUAUAAAAAGUGAUGACAAGGCUGUAAAGUUUUAUACAGGUUUCCAAAACUUAAAUGCUUUGAUAGCAUUCCAUGGCUUUCUCAAAACUAAAGCUGAGAAGUUGCAAUAUUGGAGGAAUUCGAGUAAGGUGACAGAAUCACAGAAGUAUCAAACUAUGAACAAAGGUAAACCAGGCCGUAAACGAAAGAUGUCCACCAUGGAAAAGUUAGU